AUGGUAUUAGCAGACACAUUGUCCAGAGCCUACCUACAACACACACCACGAGACUGUGAACGCAUAGAAGUAUUCCAAGUAAAACAUAACUUGGCAAAAGAGUGUGAACAAAUAGAUAUGCUACAAGAUGUUCAGGUGUCACAAGUGAGACUAGCUGAUAUCAGAAAUGCCACAAAGACAGACACGGCCAUGCAGCAGCUGAAACAGACGAUUCUACAAGGAUGGCCCGACAACAAACAUACACUACCAGGAUCCAUUGCUGAAUUUUUCAAUGUGAGAGAUGAACUAGUCAUACAGGAUGAUAUCAUUCUCAGAGGAAACAGAGUUGUGGUACCAAGAAGUUACCGCCCAGAUAUGCUACAGCGGAUUCACACAUCACACAUUGGAGUGAAUGGAUGCUUGAGGAGAGCCAGGGAGUCAUUAUACUGGCCAGGGAUAACAGCCGAAGUAAAAAACCAUGUUAGCCGAUGUCACAUAUGCCGGACCUAUGAAACUAGGCAAACAAAAGAAAAGUUGCAAACUCAUGAGAUUCCAGACAGGCCAUGGGCCAAAGUUGGAGUAGAUUUAUUUACAUUCCAAGGACGUGAAUAUCUACUCACAAUGGACUAUUAUAGCAACUAUUGGGAGACGGACAGAUUGUUAACUACUACUUCAGAAGAAGUUGUCAAAAAGCUGAAAACACACUAUGCUCGAUAUGGAAUACCCGACAUACUGAUAUCAGAUAAUGGUCCUCAAUUCUCUUCCAGCUACUUUCGAAUAUUUAUGAGGAAAUGGGACAUUACACACAAGACCAGCAGUCCGGGGUAUCCACAGUCGAAUGGCAAAGUCGAAAACAACAUCAAAACAGCGAAAAACCUCAUGAAGAAAGCUUAUCGAGCAAAUGCAGAUCCAUGGCUGGCGAUCUUAGAUUUUCGAAACACCCCUACACAAGGUAUGACCACUAGUCCAGUCCAAAGGCUGAUGAGUCGCAGGACUAGAACACUACUGACGACAGCAACAUCAUUAUUGAAGCCCAAGGUCACUCAAGAAUUUGAAGCUCUCAGACAAUCUAAAGAACGACAAAAGAAAUACUAUGACAGAACAGCUAGAGACCUACCUGAAUUAAAAGAACACCAAACUGUAAGAAUUUAA